AUGCCAUCGCUCAAAGAUCGUUACAAGGAACCGUUUUCAGAGGCAGCAGACGACAAUCCAGUGACAGUCCGAUUCCAUUGUAGAGGAAAUUGCUGUGAUCAUCACGAAUGGUGCCGAUUUUGGGCAUCCGUAGGUGAAUGCAAGCUCUAUAGGGGCAAAAUCGGCUGCAUUUGUUUGAAUUGUUAG